CCAUGUUCACUGAGCAGACACCACACAGCAAGAGGGUGAAAGAAGAGACCUAGAAAUCGAUGCAGGUUGAACGUGGAAUUGCAGAGAAGAAAAUGGAAAAAAAUACCCAACUUUUCUUCAAAAGCAAGCUAAGGUGAUGCAGAGGAAGUGGGGGCUUUUGAUUGCUAAUGUCAUCAUCCCAAGUGUCAUAUUAAUGAAGUCUGCUCCCACCACGCAACAUCAUAAAGCGCAGUGGCAACAAUUCUUCUUGGCUCCUUUUUUUUCUUUCUUUAUCUCCCCACUUCUUCUUCUUCUUCCUCCUCUGCUGCUCUCCCACUUUCUACAGUCUUUAAUGGUGGCUACCUGAACUAAUCCAUAAAGAAAGUUAUAAAUUAGUUAGUCUUUGUCCUGGGUUUCUGUUUUUUGGUUGGUGAACCAACACGAAAAGGUUUUUUAUUAUAUCAAAAAGCAAGUUUUGGUUCUGGGGUUUCUAUUCUUUUUUAGUUUGUAGUGGCAGAGGCUCCGAAAUUGAGAAAAAACGAUGGAGGUGGAAGAGGAGAGAGAUGUGGAGGGGAACUGGAGUUCGGAGGUUCUGAAUGUGUAGAAGACUGAAUUGGGCUUUCUUUUUCUCUUUCUUUUUUAUUAAUUCUGGAAAGAAAUGCUUGUACUUUGGUGCUUUGGGAGCCUGGGAGGAUCUUCUGUAGCAUAAGUUUGAGAUUUUAGCCUGGAAUGGGGAAAAAGGAGAAAGCUUAUUAUUGAAGGAGUAAGAAUUUAGUGGUUGAAAUUGGUUUCCUGAUACCAUUGUCCUGAAAAUGUAGAGAGGACGAAGAAUUUGGAAUUGGUUUUGGUUUGGAAGAGAAUGCUUUUCUUGUGGAAACUUUCUCUAAUGAUGGUUAAAUUUCGGAUUUUACAGUCCAAGACUAUAAGCCGUCAGCCCUUCUAAGCUCGUAGUUUCUGUGUUAAUCUAUCUUUUGAUUUACCAUUGAAGUUUGCGUGAACGAACUGUUGAGGUAUUCCCCCCAAUCUGAAUUCUGAAUUGGUCUUUCAAUCAGAGAAAACGCGUAUUACCAAAAGUUUCAUGAGUCUUCACUGGAAGAUGCUUAAUUAAAGCGGAAAAAAGAAAAGGAAGGUUUCUAUUCCUUUUCUUUUCUACUAAAUGAAAGCAGCUGGAAUCCUUUGCUUUGCCUCCUUGGAAAGCUAGCAGUUUGAAAUUGAAAUUUGGUUUUCUUCUUCCUUCAGAGAUAUCUCCCUCUCCCACUGGAGCUCCCUCUUCUUUUUUUUUUCCUUCACCCGCCUGAAACCAAUGAUCAGAAUUUCAGGUUUGAUGUACUCAGGUUAGAAAGGUUGGUUUGGCUUAACUUCAGUCUUCAGGUAGUGGAGUUGAGUGAUUUUCAUUCACUAUGGCAAAGAGAUCACAGAGAUGCCCUGCUCGACGUGAAAAGGACCAAUCUGGUUGUAUGUGGGGUUUGAUUAGUAUUUUUCACUUCAACCAAGGUCGUUUUACUCGAAAACUUCUAUCAGAUCGGAAGCGUGGGGGCAGAAACACUGUUGGUGCUGGAUAUUCAAGGAAUAAACAGAACUUGCUAGAUUAUGAUGGAAAAUGUAAAGGCACUAAUUAUGUUGACAAAAGCAAGAAAGUUGAAGUUGAUAGCGAUAUCACAAGUGUAAAGAAACUCAUGGAAGAAGAGAUGUCCCAUGAGCAAUAUCCAAAGAAACAGAUAGUCAGUGCUUCAGUGGAACAGAUACAAUCCAAUUCAGGAGGCAGGGACCACCAGGGGAAGCAUCAAGAACAAAGAAAAAGAAGUUGCAAUAAAUCUUAUGAUAUGCAUGCCCACGAGUUGAAAGACUCUGUAAGCUCGGAACAUCAUCAGCUUUGUCAUCCAAAUUCAGUGGAGGAAUCUCUAGAUAAUAUCAACCUAGACGCACUGAUGGAAGAGUUCUUUAGUCAGAUCCAUCAACACCUGGAAAUACCUCUGCUGCAUGACAACAAAAGAGAUCCUUGUGAUGUUCAGGGGAAUACUAAAUCUGAGAAUCAGAAGCAGCUUGAUGAGAUUAAAAUGCAGCUGACUCAAAAGCAUUCUAUUCUUCAAGAUAAGCUGAAUGAACUUACUGAGGCCUUUCUAAAUCAGAAGUUCAUUAAUGUGAAACAACUAAUUGAAGAUGGGACAACCCACCAGUCUAAGCAUUUCAUGGAUGCUGUAGAGAUAAACAAGGAAUUGUUUUUGAAACUGUUACAGGAUCCAAACUCACUGUUGGUGAAACAUAUUCAAGAGGUACGAGAUGUUCAGGCAGAGAAAGUUGGACCAAUUGAAUCAUUAGAAGAAGCGAAUCUGUCAGAAGAAGAAACUGGCAUGUCAAGGCAAUGUGAAGAGCUUGUCAUUCACAAACAGAUUCAGAAACUGAAUAUGCAUAGUUUCUUUUGGAGGAAGAAAUCUCAAGACAGAAACCCAUUGAAGAGAGAUGAUAAUCCUUUAGCUUCAAAUAAAAUUGUCGUUUUGAAGCCUGCAGCAGGUAUGCAAAUUUGUGAAAGUGAGACCAGUUGUAGCUCAAUGCCACAGUCUCUUUAUAGCUUGAAAAAUCAAGGGCAGAGCAUGGGAACCACUUCACAUUUUUCUCUUACAGAAAUAAAAAGAAAGUUGAAGCAUGCCAUGGGAGAAAGAAGAAAGGAGUUGGCUGGAAUUCCAAUAGGUGGUAUCAUACAUGCACCUUCUAAGACUCAGGAUUCAGGUGAUUGUGGCAAAGGAACUGAAAAAGAAAUAGUUGGAAAGAAAUUGCCAAGUAAACCCCAUUUUCAUGACGAAAAGUUCGUAAAGAUUUCCAUGAAUGUCAAGAAUGGAGAAAAGUUGAGCAAGCCAAAAGAGUGUAAAUUAAGAAUUGAAGACAGGGAUGCUUCAACCAGUGUUAAUGGCCAUGGAAGUUUAAACAUGGUGACUGCUGAAUAUCCAAAAAAAAGAGAAUCGAACAUCUACACUGAGGCUAAGAAACAUCUUGCGGAAAUGUUGAGCACUGGGGACGAAAAUGAAUAUUUGUUCAGUAAGCAGGUCCCAAAAACAUUGGGGAGGAUUCUCUCUCUUCCUGAAUAUAACUCGUCACCAAUAUUCAGUCCUGGUAGAGAGGGGGUAAAUAGUUUUGUAAAUAAGAAUAUGAAGUUCUCCCUUUAUGAUAAUGUUGAUGAGGGCACGCCCCAGCUUAAACAAGAUAAUGUCAGCUGCUUAAGUCCAUUGAGGAAGAAUAUAGAAACUCUACCAUGCACUGAUGACAGUAUUGACAACCCAAUGCAUAUCUCUGACUCCAAUUCAGAUGUACCAGAAGAGCUUAUUCCUGAAAAUAACUUGUCACCAAUAUUCAGUCCUGGUAGAGAUGGGGUAAAUAGUUUUGUAAAUAAUAAUAUGAAGUUCUACCCUUAUGAUAAUGUUGAUGAGGGCAUGCCCCAGCUUAAGCAAGACAAUGUCAGCUGUCUAAGUCCAUUGAAGAAGAAUAUAGAAACUCUACCAUGCACUGGUGACAGUAAACCUGACAACCCAAUGCAUGUCUCUUAUUCAAAUUCAUAUGUUCCAGAAGAGCUCACUCCUGAUAGCACAAUACAGGAAGGCAUCUGUACUUUUGAGGAAGCACCGAGUCCAAAAGAUGAUGUGAUUAUUGUAGAAGUAACUGAUACUGUAGAUGCCAACCAAAGCAACACCCUGGAUGAGCCCAUUGAGCUAAGUAGCAAUAAGCCCAUCAGCAGGACCAACCAAAACAGUGACACAUCCAAAAUUAGUGAGGAAGAAGGAUCUCCUGAACAGUCAAGACUGGAGGCACCUGAAGAGAGCAAGCUAAUGUCACCUCCAUUAAACCCCCCAUUGUCAAGCUCUCCAUGCAUCAAGAAAGUAGAAGAUGUGGAAGAAAUCAAUAAUGGAGUAGAACGGGCAAGUCCAGUAUCCGUCCUUGAGCCAUUUUUAGAAGAUAUUAUCAGCCCUGCAAGUACUCCAUCCCAGUUUGCCAGUCCACCUAGCAAACCACUACAAAUUGAUUUUCAAGAACAAGAUUCCUUGGAUUUGGUGUUAACAACUUCAAGUUCAGAAAUCAACUUGAGCAGUUGCGUGGAAGAAAAAAGGUCUACUUUUGAGUAUGUAAGAGCAGUGUUGUUAGCCUCUGGCUUGAGAUCAGAUGAAUUCUUCAGGUGGAAUUCCCCACAACAACUUCUUGAUCCUUCCUUGAUUGAUGAAGUAGAAAUCAUCUCUGCACAACAUUGUGGCAACCGGAAGCUCCUCUUUGAUUGUAUCAAUGAAGUUCUUAUCGAGGUGUAUGAGCGUUAUUUUGGAUGUUCUCCAUGGGUUUCAUUUGUCAAACCUAGUAUCUGUCCAGUGCCUGUGGGGAAAAAUAUUAUUUGUGAGGUCUGGGAAGGCAUAGAUUGGUAUAUCCUACCACAACUGCCACCACAAACAUUAGAUCAGAUCAUUGGGAAAGACAUGGCAAAAGUAGGAGCAUGGAUGGAUCUCAAACCUGAUUUAGAAAGUAUUGGUUUUGACAUAGAAGAAGCCAUUCUAGAAGAACUAGUGGAAGAGAUGAUAUUUGAGUAGUACAUUUGAAAUCUGUAUUAUAGAAAGGAUAUUCAUGCUUUCAUUUAAAUGGGAAACGGCAAGGAACAGAAGAUGAGGCCUAGUAACAGUCUCUGAAAUGGUAAAUCCUGCCACAGAUUCCACCACAAACAUGGCACAAGUAGGAUCAUGGAUGGACCCCAAACUUCAUAGAAAGUAGUGGUUUCAACAUAACAGGAACUACUCUGGAAUAACUGGUGGUAGAGAUCAUUAUUGAGGUGUGCACUUGAAAUCUGUAUAUUAAAAAAGAUUAUACCAUGUUUUGAAAAGAGGACAAGACCAGGCAACAGUUCACUUUGGACUUCUGCCAAACUGUGGCCCUCCUCGUGGUUAUUUUCUCUUGAAAAACGAGGCAUUGCAUCAAACUAGGCCCUUCACAGAUGCUUAUUUAUCAUGUUACAGCCAAUUCAACUUUUUUUCUGACAAUGGCCAUUAAUUGGAGCCUUCUUCUAGACUGUUUGUCAUCCCCCCCCCCCACCAAACUGUCCAAGGGAUACAAUAGGUAUGGUGGUUACAAGCUUCUUUUCUAGUUGACGUUAUAGCAGAGGAUGCAUUCUUCACAUCACUGUAAGAGGUGGAAAGAGUGUGGCUUGAGGGUGUUGAUUGAGAGUGAAUAAUUGUAACUAAUGGUUCUUGUUUUUUUCCUGUUAAUUCUUUCAUUUUCUCUCUCUUUUAUACUGAAGGCGUGGUUUCUUUUGUUCAACUCAACGAAAUCAUAUCCAAUUGAGAUUUCUUUGUGUAUUUUGC